GUGAAAUACCGGAAGUAAAGUUUGACAGUUGAAACUUGAAAGACACUGUCACUGAGCAUGUUAUGGGAUCAUCUCCUAGUGUGAAAAUGACGACAGAGGACUGGCCUAUAACUGCAGUGGUUGUCGUGGCAGACAUCGGCAAGUGUCCAGCCGGAUAUACUACGAUUGACCGAACCUAUGACAGGACAGAGGAGGCUGACCUAUGGAGGGAUGGACUGUUCGGGAGGAGAGUGACUAGAUACCUAUGUGUACAGAGGGCCGCUCCCACACAGGGUCGUGAGGUGCUGGUGGAUGUUUCUAUCAUCAAUGAGCGAGACCCAGUACCUGCAGGCUUCACUGUGGUCGACACAACGGAAGACACACGAGAAAAGGCCAUUAAAAAGAAGGUGUUGUGUGUUCGCUGGAUGAAUGCCAGUCUGACCACCAGUGCCCUGUCAGAGCUUAUCUUCUUGGGUAAAGGCACACGAAGACCACCUAAUGGAUACACCAUGGUCGGUGACCUGAACAACCUGAUGCUGUGUUACAAGAUGUCCCAGAUCAAGUCUAUAUCCUCAAUUGUUCAUCAAAACAGCAGUGAUUCACCCUUGGACAACAUUGGAAACAUGAAUAACGACCUUCCAUAUGCCAUUAACCCCCGGCGAGAAGAUGCCUACAGUCAGGGAAGCUCUGCACCUGCUCGACACAACAACACGCUGGACAGACAGGGCAGCAUUCUCACUGUUACACCUCUGUCUGGAGUACCAUGGCAACUCAAUCCUAGGCUUCAAUCUCUCAAUAAUCUUAACAAUGUUCAUAUACCAGAAAUUCGAUACAAAAGUAUAAUGGACAUAGAAAACCAGUACAGCUAUUGUUUUGAUGUUGAGAGAACAGCACGAACAAACAAUGGGUAAACGGAGCUAACUGCUCUCAAGGAAGAUACAGAGCAACAAAAGUGUAACCCAUUACACACAUCAUAGAAAGUGUAACAGGAAUCAGACUGUACGAAAAGCCUUAAGAUAGAUCAGACGCUUAUACUUUGACAUUGUAUUUGAUCUGAUAAUUGUUUUCUGCAUACAGUGUAGUGCUAAAUACAAUAUCCAAUGCCUGUAUGCAAUAUGUUUUAUUAGUUAAAAAGGCAAUUAUUAUGAUUGAUGGAAUGAAAUAAUUAUGUUAAAUUAUAUGCUGAAUAAGUAUUAACUUGUUUUUAAACUUAAACUUGUUAAAGGUUCUCGCUAAUGGUUUAUAAAAUGCACUUUUUACUGAUAUCUUUAUUUAGUUACAAGUGUCUAGUCAACAGGAGAGUUAAAACUAAGAUACUGACUGAUGGAACCCUUCAACAAAUGUUGAUAUAUAUAUGCUCAAAUAUUGUCUUUCCUAUUAAAGUCCAUGUUUUGCUAAAAAGUUGCCAAACGCAAUUCAGCAAAAGGCUGUAACUUGGUUAAUAGUUAAUAAAACUGAAAAUAUCCAUCAUGAUAUGUAUUAGUCCCUGUGGACAAGUGGAUAAGCUAACUGAUUUCUUAUUUUUUCUUGACUGUACCAGUGUGGGUUUGAUCCCAUCUAAAACUAGAUUUUCUUUUAUGUUUUAAUUGUAUUUUUUUUUGCAAUUUUGCUAUUUAAGAGCCAAAUACUUAUAAAAUAAGUAUUUUCAAAUGCAUGUGGGGAAAAUAGUUUUUGUUCCAAAAACAUUAGUGACAUUGAAAGCUCAGUUGAUAGAACUUCUAACAAUCUAGCAAUCAGUUGGUCAAGCCCAACACCAAGCACAUUUAUUUGACAGGUUCAUUGUUAUUAUAUGAAACCUAAUUUAACAAGUUGUAACAAUUUUGGUCCAAUAUUGAAUCACUCGAAAGUGCACUCUGCUGCUUUUUGAAGUGUAUCUGGAAUAACAUGAACUGUUUAAAUACAAGCAUGUUUGAUUUAUUGUUUGAGUAAGAGUUAUUCUUUUUUUAAAAGUAUAUCAAUUGUGAUAAAACUACAACUAGAAUGAAAUUUAUUUUAAAAAUAGCAUAUACGUGUAUUGUUUUGUAAUCAUAUUCUGAUUUGUGAUUUGCACAUAAUAAAGAUGACAAGUCUGUGACUGUCAAUUCCAAAAUUGUCUUGUCACAUACAAAACUGUUGAUAUUACAAAAUUAGAAUGGCAAUUGAUACAACAUUUGGAUAACAAACAAUAAAAAAAAUCCUUUACAUUUUUACAUAAUUUGCACAAAAUAAAGAUGACAAGUCUGUGACUGUCAAUUUCAAAAUUGUCUUGUCACAUACAAAACUGUUGAUAUUACAAAAUUAGAAUGGCAAUUGAUACAACAUUUGGAUAACAAACAAUAAAAAAAUCCUUUACAUUUUUAGCUCGACUAUUCGAAGAAUAAGGAGAGCUAAACUACUCACCCAAGCGUCGGUGUCAGCGUCACCCCUUGGUUAAGGUUUUGCGUGCAAGCACACAUAGGUUAAUAUCUCAGCAACUACUUAAGGUAUUGCAUUGAGACUUUAUACAAUGGUACUCAACCAUCUAACCUACUUAAUUAACCAAGGUAGAUAACUCUAGUUUGCAUUUAAUGCCAAUAAUAGGCCUUUAUUAUUUGACUUAGAAAUUCUGGUUAAGGUUUUACGUGUAAGCACACAUAGGUUAAUAUCUCAGCAACUACUUGAAGUAUUGCAUUGAGACUUUAUACAAUGGUACUCAACCAUCCAACCUACUAAAUUAAUCAAGUUAGAUAACUCUAGUUUGCAUUUAAUGCAAAAUAAUUGCCCUUUAUUAUUCGACUUAGAAAUUCUGGUUAAGUUUUUGCAUGUAAACACAUUUAAGUGAAUAUCUCAGCAAAUAUAUCAUGUAUUGCAUUGAAACUUUAGAUAUGUAUUCCCAACUAUAUAACCUUCUAAAUUAAUGAAGUAUGAUAACACUUUUUGAAAUAUAAUGCAAAUUAUGGGCCUUUAUUAUUUGACUUAGAAAUUCUGGUUAAGGUAUUGCAUGUAAGCACACAUAGGUUAAUAUCUCAGCAACUACUGGAUGUAUUGCAUUGAGACUUUAUACAAUGGUUCUCAACCAUCCAAUCUACUUAAAUAACCAAGUAAGAUAACUCUAGUUUGCAUUAAAUUCAAAUAAUGGCCCCUUUUUUAUUCGACAUAGAAAUUCUGGUUAAGGUUUUGCAUGUAACCACUUUUAAGUCAAUACCUCACCGAAUACAUCAUGUAUUGCAUUGAAACUUUACACACAGGCUCCCAUUUAACCUUCUUAUUUAAAGAAGUAAGAUAACUCUAUCUUUCAUGUUAUAUAAUUUUUGCCCCUUUAUUAUGCACUUAGAAAUUCUGGUUAAGUUCUUGCAUGUUAGCACACAUAGGAUAAUAUCUCAGCAACUACUUGAUGUAUUGCAUUUAGACUUUAUACAAUGGUAUUCAACCACCCAACCUAAUUGAAUAACCAAGUUAGAUAACCGUAUUUUGCAAAUAAUGGCCCUUUAUUAUUACACUUAAAAAUUCUGGUUAAAAUUUUGCAUGUAACCACAUUUAUGUAAAUAUCUCAGCACAUCAUGUAUUGCCUUGAAAUCUAAUCUAACAGUGAUCCAUGCAUGUUUCGCCAAAACUUUUCAAUCCUUACACUGAAAAGCGGCGGAAUAGUCGAGCGCGCUGUCUCUUUGACAGCUCUUGUUAAAUUAUCAAAAGAUUGUGAAAUACAGAAAAAGAUAAAAAUGUAUUUCGGAGUGUUCAGUUUUACAUUAUUUUACAGAUAAUAAAACUUCUUUGUAUAUGAAAACCCUUUUCUAGCAUAAUCUAGGAUGUCUUUUAUGUAAAUGAUUUUCUUUCAAUGUUUUUCCCCCAUAUUUAUACAUUCUAGAAAUAAAACAGAUAUUUUCCUUUUUUGAAGUUAAUCACCGAAACAACACAAAAAUAUUAUAAAAUAAAACAAGCACUAACAACAAAUUUUAACAAAUGAACACAUCUUCCUCCAAAAAAUCUCUGAAUAGCAAAUUGCCUUACUGACAUUUGUGUACUGUCCAUGUUGACAAAGCAAAUGAAUGGUUUUAUGAAAUUGAAUACUUCCAACACCAUAUUCUUCUGCUCUCCUUGCCUCUACCUAGUAAGUAUCAUAAUGAUUAUGAACUGCUUUAAAUGUGAGAGAUGUUUCUGUUUGUUUCAAAGUAACAUAGGUUUUGUUUGUUUUUGAUUCUAUUCCUGUGUUGUUACACUUCAAUGAGGCAUAACUAUCACAUAGAACAAUGUUAUGGGGUUCUAAAAUUCAGGAAUAAUCCAUAAAUCUGGAUUAAGAGGCUCCAGGGUCCCUUUUGAGAGCACUGUAAAAUUGAUGAGUUUUUCAGGGGGUUGAGGGUUUUAGAAGAAAUCUGAAAUUCCAAAAUGUGUCGCUGACAUGCAUUUAAGAAGGUCUCUGAAAUGCCCAAACCCUUGACCACACACAGGGGACCCACACUGCUAUUUUUCAAGAUUGACAAUUGUCAGCUGUUAGAACCUCCUGAGUGUUCAAAUGAACUACAUUAUUUGUAUAUACAUUUUAAGUAAUAUACUAUUGAAAUGUUUUAAAAAAAACACUAAUAAAAUGAGUCAUUGCAUGAAUUUGU